AUGCCUCUGGAUCCACAAACUUUUUAUCAGCCUACCGCAGAGCCUGUUGUGCCAGAGCACACUGUUCAAACCAAGCCAGAAAUGGGAGAGUCGUCUGCCCCGGUUGAUAUGAAGCUACUUAAGCGGUUGGAUCGGUUCGAUGAAUUCAUCAGGAAAAGCCAAGGUUUAAGCAAACAAGGGGUAUUGGACUACGAUGAUCUGUGCCUGUUUCCAAAUGUACAGCUGCUCGUAGGGUUCAAGACCCCGAAGUUCAAUAAAUAUGAUGGUACCGGCAACCCUAAGACACACUUGCGUUUGUUUGCCAACAAGUUGGGCAGACCGGUGGAUGACGAAAACUUGCCGUUAAGGUUAUUUUCAGAGAAUCUAGAAGGAGACGCCCUUGAUUGGUAUUCCAACUUAAAGCCAGAAGAGGUGAAAACUUGGCUCGAUCUGUCCAACGCCUUCAUCAGACAAUACGAAUAUAACUGCGAGCUAGCACCGACCAAAACUACUUUGGAAGGCACGAAGAGGCGACCAUCUGAAGAUCAUAAGACAUACGCCAAAAGAUGGAGAAAGAUAGCUGCCAAGGUUGAGCCUCCGAUGACCGAAGAUGAAAUUAUUCGCACUUUCAUAAAGGUGCAUGAUCCUCCAUACUUCGAAGAAAUCUUCCGUAUGACCGGGUGUUCAUUUGCUGCAAUUGUGAAUAAACUCGAAGAGUAUGAUGAUUUUGUCAGAGUCGGAAAAAUUGUUAACGUCUCUGCCUUAAAAUCACAAGUAGAAGCUUUGCAAGGGCAAGGAAGCAGUGGAAAGAAGCCGCAACCUGUUUAUAGCCAUUCUCAACUUCCUGAACCUUACAACCCAGCCCGUAGCCGUACAUUUACCGAUUUAGGCAGGCCUCUAGACCAAUUGUAUGACCAGUUGAAGGCCGCCGGAAAAAUUGGUAUGGUACCCCCUCCGACCUAUCCAUAUGGCAUAUCCGUUGGGUAUAACCCACAAGCCGUCUGUGCUUAUCAUUCAGGGGCACCCGGACAUUCAACUGUUGAUUGCAAGGCUCUUAAGCAUAGAAUUCAAGAUAUGAUUGAAGCCGGAGAGAUUGUAAUCAGGAAAAGGGAGGCACAAGGGCCGAAUAUAAAUAGGAACCCCUUGCCAGAACACACUAAUACAAUUGGAGUCAUUCUGGACGACGCAGAGUAUGAGGAGCAAGUCCAAAAAUUGGCAAGGGAAGCUGAGGUGUUUGGGGUCACAGACCAACCAUUUGUAAUAGAGGUGCCAUUUGAGAAGGAUAAAAGGCCUUUUAUUUUGGAUCUUACUUCAACUGAGAGCGAAGCUUUGGAGCCAGUGGUCAUCGAAUUCCCAGAGCAGGAGCCUGUUCUAAGUUUGCAGCAAGUGCCAUGGAAUUACAAUGAACCUGUCAUACAAAUUGGAGGAAAACCAGUUGCCAAAGAGGAGGUAUCAGUGGUCACUAGAUCAGGGAGGAUUGCAAGUCCGUUUGGAGCUACCGUUCCGAUUCAAACAGAUAGACCCGAGCUACCCGCUAAACCAAAAAUUACUGAGAAGGAAGCCUUGGAUUUUCUUAAAAGGCUGCAAAGAAGCGAAUAUAACGUAGUCGAGAAGCUAAGCAAGUCGCCCGCCCAAAUAUCCAUGUUGGAUCUGCUCUUUUCUUCAGAUAUGCAUAGGGAUGCGUUGCUCGAAGUGUUGACUAAAGCUCAAAUCCCUAAGGACAUUUCGGUUGCUAAUUUCUCACAUGUAGUUGGGAGUGUGUUAUUUACAAAACAAAUCACUUUCUCUGAUGAUGAAUUACCGGCAGAAGGCAUUGGACAUAACAAGGCUCUGUACAUAGCUGUGAGGUGCAACGGGAAAAUGUUGCCAAAGGUGUUGAUUGACAAUGAAUCUGCGCUUAAUAUCUGUCCUUGGAGUACCUUGGAGAAGUUAGGGUUGCAAGAUAUCAAGUUGAGGCCUUCAGGGACCAUAGUUAGAGGUUUUGAUGGAGCACAAAGAGAACCUAUAGGAGAGGUGGAUUUAGUAGUAGAGAUGGGGCCCGCACAAUUUCAGAUAGCCUGCCAAGUUAUGCACUUUCCUAGUGUUUACAAUAUUUUGCUUGGAAGGCCGUGGAUUCAUAAGUUUGGGGCUGUGCCUUCUUCAUUGCAUCAAUUGUUGAAAUUCAUAGUAAAUGACAAAUUGAUAACUAUCUUUGCCGAGGAGGAUUGCCUCGUAAUUACUGAUUCUGGGUCCGAAGAAGAUGGUAGCCGAAACGCCACAGUGACCCCUCAUAGCACAGCUGAUAUCGUCUCCGUAAGUUGGAUAACAAAAGAGGAACGAGCUCUGUCAAAGGCCAGUGUCAUGAUGGCUAAGGAAAUGAUCCGCGAAGGAUAUGAGUUUGACAAAGGGCUGGGAUGCGAUCUACAAGGAAUUCUGAAACCAGUGGAAAUUGUGGAGAAAAAGGAUUCAUUCGGUUUGGAUUUCCGACCAACCGCUAAAGACAUCAAAGAAAUGAAGGAACGCAAGAGAGCAGAGAAAGAAGGCAGGCAAAAGGCCUUUGAUAUUCCACCACUGCAUUAUACUUUUCCACGACCAACCGAGGUGAUCACGUCAGAGAUUAACCCAGUUGAUGGAAUCGAAACUAGUUUGGCCCAAUUGUUCGUUGGGGCAACAUUUGAAGACAGUUUCCCAGAUGAGGCCGAGUUUCCCGACAUCCCUGAAGGAUCAAUUUUCAAUUGGACAGCCGAGUUUCUGCCCAUUCAGAAGGAGUUUCGGUAA